AUGCAAGCUCGCUACCAGGAUAGGCGAUCUACGUCUUGCUCGCCCACCUGGAGGCGCAUGCAGCAGGCAAGGGAGUUUCUUGAAGAUAAUAUUAUCUAUGUUUUAGGUGAUUUAGUUUGGCAGCUGUCCUCGUUUGGCAACUUCAGUAUCUCCUCGGCUUAUGAGGCCCUCCGGCCUAGGAUGGGCACCACCUUAUCAUCGGAGUGCACUUGGGCGACCGGAAUUCCCUCGAAAAUUUCGGUUUUUAUGUGGAAGUUAUUGAGGAGGUUACUCCCGUUCCCGGACGUUAUUGAGAGGUUUGGAAUUUGCAUGCCUUUGAGGUGCCCUCUCUGCCUUAAUGCGUGUGCGACCCUGGAACAUUGCCCUGUGCUUUGCAGCAAAGCUCGGAUAGUUUGGAUCCACUUUGUUGGCUUCUUCGGCUUAUCUUUGUCUUCUUCAGCUUCUGUUCGAGCAACUUGUCACUCUUGGUGGCUGCUACCCUCUUCCACCUCCGCCGUGCGCUGCAUUGUUUGUCUGUUGCCGUGCCUUAUUCUCUGGUUUAUUUGGAUUGCUUACAACGAAUGCUUACACGAUGGCUCGACCUUCUCACCCUCAGGUCUGAUCAAACGUAUAAGUCGGGAGUCGCGGCUCAUCUUUCUUGCUACCUCCAUCCGUGGCAAUGGCUCUUCAGACAGCUUCCUUCUAGCAGCGAGACUGAUAGUCGGUUUUGAUGUGCCGCCGAGAAUGCAGUCCAUUUGGGUCAAGUGGAUUGUGCCGCCGUCAGGGAGAUUGAAGCUCAACACAGAUGCAAGUUUUUCCCUCGCUGGUGCGGCAGGUGGGGCGUGCUUGAGAGACUCUCGCGGUGGCCUUGUUGUUGGUUUGUGCUUUAAUUUGUCCGCCUCUUCUGCACUGGAAGCGGAGGCGUGUGCUUUGAGGCUGGCUCUACAAUGGUGCGAAGCCAUGGUGUUGCUGCCAGCGUUGGUCGAAGUUGACUCGCAAGCUCUUGCUCAUUUAGUGUCCUCUACUGCGGCAGCUGUUCCAUGGAGGAUGAGAGACGCAGUUUACUAUGCUCGUGCUUGCAUCUCUUCGUGGAACUCUUCGAUUCGGCACGUAUAUAGGGAGGCCAAUCAAGUUGCCGAUGCUCUCGCGGCUGUUGGUCUCAAUGCUCAAUCAUCAACAAUUUAUUAUUCCAUUAGCUCUUUACCUGUAAAUGUCAAGGUGGCUCUUAUGUACGAUUCCUGGGGGUUUGCUACCCAUCGGAAUGUUCGCCGUCAAUAA